AUGUUGAGCAUUAUCCAACCGAACGCUAACUCAACGGAACUCAAACUCACCUCACUACCAUCACCGAUAAUCAAUCCGUCACUAGGCGAGCACCUGAUUCGUGUCAAGGCCUGCGCCCCAUGUGCCGGGGAACUCCUUUGGCCAAAGAACUUUCCUCCGCCAAGCCCGCGUGAAUUAAUUCCCUGCCCCGAUGUAGCAGGAGUAAUUAUCUCCGGGCCAGAGGAUUCACCUUUCCAACCCGGCGAUGAAGUCUACGCGCGUACAAAUUAUUCUCGCCCAGGGAAUGCGUGCGAGUUCAGUAUUGGCGUCACAGAGGAAUUAGCCCACAAACCCAAAGGACUGAGCUGGGUUGAAGCCGCCGCAAUACCAGUCUCGGCCGAGACGGCGUGGCAGAUUCUAUUUAUUCAUGCGGGCAUCGCUGGUGAUGCCGAAGUGGACUUUGCUACAGCCCAGGCCGCAUGGGCAGGCAAGAGGGUGCUCGUUACUGCUGCGUCAGGCGGCGUCGGGAUUUGGGUGACGCAGCUAGCUACCCUGCUUGGUGCGGAGGUCAUUGGGACGUGUGGCGCUGCGAAUGUUGCGCUUGUGCAGUCUCUCGGCGCGACGGAAGUGAUUGACUAUCGACGUACUCAUCUCCGCGAAUGGGCAGAGCAGCCCGGAAAGAAGGUGGAUAUCGUGAUUGAUUGUAUUGGGAAACAGUCUCUCGAGGAUGCUUGGUGGACUGUUCGUGAUGGAGGAGUAGUCCUUAGUAUCUUUCAGCCACCGAAGCAAGCUUGCCCCCAAGACUUUAAAGGAACUGGAGUGAAGGACGUGUUCUUUGUGAUGGAACCUGUCAGAAGACAUUUGGAGGAAAUUACGAAGCUUGUUGAGCUUGGUAAAUGUCGCGGGAUGGUGGAUAGCGUAUGGCCUCUAGAACAGUAUCAAGAGGCGUUUAAAAGGCUUGAUACUGGUCAUACGAGGGGGAAGAUUGUGUUCGACCUGUCGCUAAAUCAUUAG